GCACUCCUCCCCUCCCCCUUCCCUCGUGGUGCCUGAUCUUGCCAAACGGGGCGUGGCCGGUGCGCUGGUCUGGGGAGGGUGACUUUGACUCGGGAGAGGCUGGUCUCGGAGGAGGGAGGGGCUGGGAGGCGGCGCUUCCAAGCUGAAAAAGCCAAGGGGCCCGUGCUGCUCGCUGCCCAAACCUGUUUGUGGGGCAGGGAGGGAGCGGUAAAAGGAGAAAGCUUCAAUUAAGGGAGAGAAAAAAAUGAGAGGAGGAAGGAUUCAUAGGCAUGUCUUGGGUGAGGGGACUCGCUUUUUCCUGUGUCCCAAGUCCCAGAGAAGUCGUUGUCGGAGUGAUGUUCCAUUCUCACACUUGCUGUCCAGCCAUUUCUUUCCAGCAUUUAAGAGUCACUCACAUGCCAGACCGCUGUCAGCUAACCCUCACUUCAGACUAGGUGUAAUAAUAACAUAAAAGUGCUGACAUUUUCCUGGCACUUUAAGGUUUGCAAAACAUAUUGAACAUAUUUUGCUUUUAUCCUCACAACCACCCCAGAAGGUAGGUGCUGUUAAUUAGCCGUGUCUAAUCUCCAGUUUGCUUGGUAUAGAUCCAGUUGCUGUAGGACAAGAUUUUUGACCAAAGAAUAAGGAGGAUCUAACACUGAUGGAUUCCUCAGGUCUGAGGAGAGUCAUAAGAUCAUAGCUCUAAAGAGGGAGCCGACCAUGGAGGCCGUGUGGUUAGAUUUACAGAAAUGAGAAACUGAGGCACAGCAGGAAACAGCCCACACCAUUGUUGAAGUUGGGUGGAACUAUUUUUAUUAAAAAAUUACAGUAAUCUAUCAAACUUGGAAUGAAAGGUGACGUUGUACUGUUGAGUUAGAGAAUGGGUUCAAGGAAGGCUUAUUAGAUAGUGACUUUGAACUGAAAUUUGAUUGAAAAGAGAACUUGUUUUCUGUGCCUUAAGUGUUCUUGAUGAGUCUGCCUUGAAGAUUUACAUGAGAGAGAGAGAUGGAAAAAGGGAUUCAUGGAGGAGGGGUGGAGAGAGGAAAGAGAGAGAGGUUAGUGCACAAGAGUUUGAAUGAGCAGUGAGAACUUAAGUAACAUGUCUGUCUUCCUGAUAUCCAGAAUGCUGAAGGCCCUGGUAUUGUUUUUCCUGGCCUGGGUCUGCUUCCUCUUUUAUGCUGGAAUUGCUCUCUUCACCAGUGGCUUCCUGCUCACCCGGCUGGAGCUUACUAAUCAUAGCAGCUGUCAGGAGUUGCCUGGAAAAGGACCUCUGGUGGGAGGUGGCCGAGGUGAACCCGGAGCCUGCUGGACAGCUCCCCGAUUUUCCCGAGCUGUGAUAGUGUUGAUAGAUGCACUUCGAUUCGAUUUUGUACAACCUUGGCCAGGUGGCCUUCCUGCCCAAUACCCCUACCUAGGAAAACUAGGUUCCAUACAGCACCUUUUGGAAACCAAGCCACAACAUGCCCGCCUGUACCGGUUCCUGGCUGACCCACCCACCACCACCAUGCAGAGACUCAAGGCCCUCACCACAGGCUCUUUACCUACUUUCAUUGAUGCUGGGAGCAACUUUGCUAGCUAUGCCAUCCAAGAAGAUAACCUCAUUGCUCAGCUCAACAACACUGGGAAACGUGUGGUCUUCAUGGGGGAUGACACUUGGAAGGGGCUGUUCCCAGAAGCUUUCUCUCAAGCCUUCUUCUUCCCAUCUUUCAAUGUUAAAGAUCUACACACUGUGGACAGUGGCAUUCUGGAGCACCUCUACCCUACCAUGGACAGAGAUGACUGGGACCUGCUGAUUGCUCACUUCCUGGGUGUAGAUCACUGUGGCCACAAACAUGGUCCCCACCAUCCUGAGAUGGCCAAGAAGCUGAACCAGAUGGACCAGGUGCUUCAGACUCUUGUGGAGCGACUGGAGAAUGAUACAUUGCUGGUGGUGGCUGGAGAUCAUGGCAUGACAGAGACAGGAGACCAUGGUGGGGACAGCAAGCCAGAAGUCAUGGCUGCCCUCUUUCUCUACAGUUCUUUGCCCCUUUUCCCCAGGGCACCCCCAGAAGACCCGGAAGUGGUUCCCCAGGUGAACCUGGUACCGACACUCGCCCUUCUGCUUGGCCUGCCUAUACCUUUUGGAAACAUAGGAGAAGUGAUAGUGGAUCUGUUUUCAGGAGAAGUAGAUACCCAGCCUCUUGCUACAGCUCUUGCACAAGCCUCUGCUUACCAUCUCAAUGCCCAACAGGUAUCCCGUUUUCUUCAUGCUUACUCAUUAGCUGCCCAGGACUUGCCCCCUGAGGAAUUGCAACGCCUUCAGGACCUCUUCUCCUCUGCAUCUUCUGAAUAUAAGCGACUGUUAGAUCAGCUGAAGACUGAAGAGGUCAGAGAGGCUGACGUACAGGCUCUGAUCUCCCAGCUGAGAUUGUUCUUGCAGGGAGCGAGGACAGCCUGCACAGAGACAUGGGCUCGAUUCCGCCCAGCCCGAAUGAUAGGGGGCACUGUGCUCCUGGCCUUCACCUGCCUCCUCUGCCUAGUGACCUCUGGGCUCACCAGCUCCCCUGACUUCCCUUUCCUAGGCCUGCUCCUAAAGUCUGUGGCCUGGGGCCUGGUAGGAGCUGCCUUGCUAGCUGGGGGACUGAUAGUAGGAAGGACUGGGCUAGACCCAGCUCUGUUGUGUUCAGGGGGUGCAGCCACUUCCCUCGUGGCCUUCCUGUGGGCUUUAAAAUGGAGAGGGAAGCCACCAAUGGCAAUCUUUCUCCCAGGCCCUUUGCCCAUCCUGGUGCUCCUGUUUCUUCGAUUUGCUGCCCUCUUUUCUGACAGCUUUGUCCUGGCUGAGGCCCGGGCAGCCCCCUUCCUUUUAUGUUCGUUGUCCCUGUUUGUGGUGGCUCAGCUGCACUGGGAGGGCCGGCUUCUGGUGGGGGGACCCACAGCUUCUUGCCUCAGUUCCCCCACAGCAUCUGUGGCACGGCGGGAGGGUCCUCGGGCCUUGGGGCUAUUGGUUGGCCUGCUCCUGUGUGUACGCCUGUCCAGUCUCUUCCAUCGCUGCCCAGAAGAGACACCUGUUUGCCAGUCAUCACCCUGGUUAGCUCCUUUAUCUUCAGUGGGUGGUGGCCAGGCCAAGAACCUUUGGUAUGGGGCAUGUCUAGGGGCACUAGGGGUGCUUGUCCUGUCUGUAAGAUUUUGGCUACGUCGCUGUGGGAAUCUGAACAGCUCUGCACCUUCAAUCCUCUUUGUGCGCUGGGGAUUGCCACUGAUGGCUCUGGGCACUGCUGCCCACUGGGCAUUGGCUUCAGGCUCAGAUGAGGCACCCCCCAGGCUACAGGCCUUGGUGUCUGGAGCUGUGAUAGGGUUGCCACGGGUUGUAUUGGGUCUGGCAGCCAUAGGACUGGGGCUGCUGCUUUGGCAGCCUGUCACAGUAUUGGUCAAGACUGGGGCAAGCAGCCCCAACCCCAUCGUUGUCCCUUUUGUGGGACCCCCUGCCUCCCAAGCUGACCUGAACUAUGUAGUCCCUCAGAUCUACCGUCGAAUGCAGGAGGCACUGAGGGGGAAGCUGGCUGGGGGUGGGGGCCAGACACCACUGGCACUGGCAGCCUACGGGCUGGGGAGUGUGUACUCUGCCGCCGUGGUGACCACUCUUGCCCUGCUGGUCUUCCCACUGCUGCUGCUGCACACUGAGCGGAUCAUCCUCGCCUUCCUGAUCCUCUUCCUUCAGAGUUUCCUACUCUUGCAGCUGCUCGCCGCUGCUGUUGGAACCCCUGCUGGAAGCCCUGGUCCCUUCUCCGUGCCAUGGCUAGCUAUUUCUGCUUGGGCUCUCACAGCCACUCAGACCUUCUACUCCACAGGCCAUCAACCUGUCUUUCCAGCUAUCCACUGGAAUGCUGCCUUUGUGGGCUUCCCUGAAGGACAUGAUUCAUCCCCUGUGCUGCCCGCUCUGCUCGUAGGGGCCAACACCUUUGCCUCCCACCUUCUUUUUUCAGUUGGCUGCCCACUGCUCUUGCUCUGGCCCUUUGUGUGUGAGGGCCACAGCUCUACAAAGAAGAAAAAGUCCCUGACCAGUGGGACUGAGGAGGAGGGAGAGAAGGAGGAACCAUUGAUGGAGAUGCGUCUCCGGGAUGCCCCUCACCAUUUCAAUGCUGCUCUCCUACAGCUGGGCCUCAAGUACCUCUUCAUCCUGGGUGUACAGGUCUUAGCCUGUGUUCUGGCAGCUUCCAUACUCAGGAGACAUCUCAUGGUCUGGAAGGUGUUUGCUCCCAAGUUCAUCUUUGAAGCUGUGGGUUUUGUGGUGAGCAGCGUAGCCCUCCUUCUGGGUGUGGCACUGGUCAUGUGGGUAGACAGAGCUGUGGGAUCCUGGUUCAAGCAGCUCAUUCUGUCCCAAGAGAGGUAGCUUUUGUCACAUGAUCUUGGGGCCAACCUCACCUCACACCCCCAAGGCAAGUGAGCCCUGGGUUCAUCUCUCCAUAGCUUGUCCUUCAGUUCUAGGACUGAGACAACCUAAUGAGCAGGACCUCUGGCUAGGACUCGAUCCUAGACUGCGUCUUGUACUCCAGACAGCGUGUGUACCCUAUUCUCAGGGGGUUUGUAGCAAUGGGUCACACACUUGUGGAGCCAGAUGGUAGCAGAGACUUUAUUAAAGUGUUCAAAUUCAGGAUUGGAGGAAGGCAGAGGACCUGAGUCUAUGCUGAAAUUGUCUCUCCUCUGGAGAGAUUGGAGGCCGGCCAAGCAACUGCAUAGAAGCAUUGGGCUUGACUCUGUUCUUUCCAUUAAUUUUCUUAUCCGAGCCUGACCAAGUAAAAUGACUCUGCCUCUCCCUAAAUAAGGAUGGGUUAAGUGAACCUGAGGCACUGGAGAAAUCUGGGGUGGGGCCUUGUGGGGGAAAUGAGCUGCUUUGUGUGCCCAGAAUGAAAUAAAACACUGGAGAAAUGUG